UUGUGUAUUUCUGUUCAAGCUGUGAAAAAAAUAGCCUGGUGUUGUGUUUCAACACUAUUUAGUGAUCAUGGAGGGUUUGAUCUCAGCCAGCCAACCCUUCCAACAAAAACCUUUCGGAAACAGAAAGGAGGGCGACACGAAGCCUGGUGAGAAACCCCACGUUGAGGGAGGAACCACAGACGAGGACCAACGUCUAAUGACGAGGGAGGCCCUGGGCAGAAGGAACAUCUGGGAGCCGAGUGUUUACUACGCUCUGGGAAAGGAGUCUUUUCAUUUUGCUGGACAGGACAUCAGCAUCCGGGAGUCGAUGGACACAUAUGGUGCUCUGAUCUGGCCUGGGGCCAUAGCUCUGAGCCAAUUCUUAGAGAACAAUCAGGAACAAAUGCCUCUGAUGGAUAAAGCAGUGCUGGAGCUGGGAGCUGGGACUGGUUUAGUCUCUACAGUGGCCAGUUUGCUUGGUGCUUGGGUGACAGCUACUGAUCAGCCUGAGAUUUUGUCCAAUCUGACCUUCAACCUUCGAAGGAACACUAAGGGCCGCUCCCGCUACACCCCCCAGGUGGCUGCCCUCUGCUGGGGUCAGGACCUCGAACGCCACUUCCCCUACCCGUCCUACCACUACGACUACGUGCUGGCUGCUGACGUGGUCUACCAUCACGACUUCCUGGAAGAGCUGCUGAAAACCAUGCUUCACUUUUGCAGAGCAGGAAGUGGAACGACCUUACUGUUGGCCAACAAGAUCCGCUUUCAGUCAGACCUCAGGUUUAUAGAGCGCUUUGGGAGCAAAUUUAACACCGUGCUGCUCACUGAGCUGCCACAGCAGGAGGUGAGGAUAUACAAGGCCACAGCCAAGGAGUGACACAGUUAAUCCAGAGGUGUGAAAUUCCUUAGAUUAGGUUUUGUAAUUAACUUUUGAGUGGAACAAAAACUUUUUUUUGUUUGUUUUUCUUUUUUCUUUUUUGUUGAUUGCAAUGCAUCAGUUUGUAUACUAAAAAUGCCUACCUAAUAGGAUGUUUAUGCGUCAGGACAGAAUUUCUAUUAUUAUUACCAGGUUCUAAGAUUUUUYUAAUUUAAUCUAAGUGAACAAAAGAAAAAAAAGCAGAUUCAACAAUGACAUUAUUAAACAAAAACUGUGAUGAUAAACUAAGUCCACCAUUCAGUUCACAGGUAAAAGUUGAUGACAUUUAAAAAAAACUGAGCAAGCAUGGCUUGUUUGGAAGUGGUCCAAGAGAAAGUAUUUUCUUUGAAAAGAACACGUUGGUGCGAUUAAUGUUUGCACAGCUGCAUCUGAAAGGAUGUUUAUCCAUAAUGCACAGUUCCAUGUUUGCAGCAUUUCAGCACAAACACCUGACAGUAACUGUAAAGCACAGAGGUGGAGGGCGAUGGUUUGGGUUGGUUUUGCAGUUACAGAAUCUGGACACCCUGCAGUCACUGAGUCCAAACCAAAGUCCAAUCUGUGGUUGCCUAUUCAACAACUGAGGCUCAGCUCAGAACAAAUUGGAUCAUGAAGGACUACAAUCUUAAACACARCAGCAAAUCUACAACAGAAUAACUAAAACAAGAAAAAUAAUCAAUGGUUGUAAUGUCCAGUCAAAGUAUASACUUCAGAACGCCUGAACUGCUCUGUGAACUUUAGGAGAGCUGUGCAAAAACAAAUAUCUGUAAACUGAUGUUUAAAA